AUGAGCUCUGACGCUGUCAUCGCCCACGUCGAAGCGGCGCUAGGUCGUCUUUUGGACCCAUCUACACCGUCUAGUGACAAAUUGCACUUGGAACAGCAACUAACACAAUUUAAAGAAACAUCGGACGCUUGCUUACCUGUACUCUUUACGCUCUUACGGACCUCUCAGAAUGAAUACUCCCUUUGGUUUGCUGCCACAACAUUGGAAGAAUAUGUGACUAAAAAAUGGGCACAAUUUCCCAUUUCCGAGCAACUUCAGAUUCGACAAUUUGUGUGGGAUUUCCUCCAAUCAGCAUCGUUAACUCCAUCUCAAGUCACUUUUGUUCAUCGUAAAUUACGUAAAGUCAUUGCCGAGAUUGCAAUACUACAAUGGCAAGACACGACAAAUCUAUGGCCCGAGUUUUAUACCCAAUUAGAAACGCUUGUGCUUACUGAACAAUCUCGUCAAUCGGGUCUCGAGCUCUUAUGUGUGAUUAUCGAUGAAUUUGGACGAGAUGGUGCGACUGUACUUGCUACAGUUAAACGUCAAGCAAAAAUCAAGUUAUUAAGUCAUUUACCAAAUAUUUUGACGUUAUUAGCUACGAUAUUACAAAAAUGUAGCCAUGAUGUACAAACAACAAGUGAUAGACAUUUAAGAGCGAGUCAAGAUGCUGUGGCAAAUGUAGCAUUGAGUACGUUAUACAAUCUCAUGACAUGGGCACCAACAAUAGCAGAUCAGAUGACAGAAACGUGGGUGUCACUACUAUUUACAUUGGCAAGGAAUUGGGAACAUGGCUAUACUUUAAAUUACGUGUGUGUGUCCAGUGCAAUGGCAUUGCAAUGCCUUACGGAGUUAAUGAGUAAACGGUUUGAUCCAUCAAGAGUGGAUGGAAUGGUUGCACACGUGAUGCUUUUAUUGUAUCCAUUGCUGCAAAAAACAGUUGAGGAUCAAGUGAUUGGCAAAGCAACGGAGCAGUUCUUGGACAAGUUGAACGAGUUUGUUGAAGUCUUUUUAACUCAUCAUUUGAAGAGACUUGAGAACCCAAAGUAUCGAGACAUUUUGCCCACGUUUUUAGAGCUGGUCUAUGCUUUUACAACAAAACAGCCACAUGUUGAAGGAUUUAUAAACUGCCUUAGUGUCUGGGAGGUGUUUGUGUCGUAUAUUGAAGAGCUCGAACAAAAUGAAGGUACGUUGGAUGAACAUAUUGGACCAGUACUGGCAGUUUAUGAAAAAGGGCUUGUUGCUGUAAUGCUCUAUCUUGUUGAGCGUGUCGGGUAUGAGUCGAAUCGGAAUCAGUUGGAUGAGUUAGAUGACGGAGACGAUGCAGGGACGCAUGGCGACGACGAAGAUGUAGACAACAGCGCAGUUUUUGACCUUGAAUAUACAAGCGAGUCGUAUGGUACAGGGUCUUUGCAGGACCUGGCACAAAUUAAAACGGAUGUUGCAAGUGGAAAUGUUUCUGGAGGGGCAGCAACGAUGGUAGAGUUGUCUGAAAGGAAGCAAUUUGUUGUGGAUUGCAUUGCGCUUAUUCGACGAAUUGCGGCGCUAGCUUCUUGUGCACCUCCACUACUGGAGCUCAUGCUGCCUCGUGUUCAACAUGCUGUUCAAGAUGUGCUGUUCCAUAUUCAUGAGACGAGUGUGCUCACUCAGCAAUCUAGCCUGUGGCAACAGCAGCGAUGCGUCAUUCGCGACCUUACGGUUAGCUGUGCAAUUCUCUCGAGUGUUUGUGCUUACUAUUAUAGCGUUAGUGAUGACAUGAAUCAACAAAUGGCAGGGUGGCAGAUUUUGCACAUGUUUAUCCAAAUGUCUGAAUACAUAGUGCAGCACCGAUUGCACACUCGGGGUGAUGCUUUUGCCGAGUUGCAGUGUGAAGCACUCACGAGCAUUAGAUCUUGCUUGAGCUGCAUCCCAUUCGUGGUCAAAAGUGGUGCUAGACAGGACGUGCUUAAUGCUUCGGAGAGUGUGCUUCGAUUAAUUCUUCAGACACUUGAUACGAGCAUUGUGCCGUCUCCUUUACCUGUGAUGCAGAACUCGAUGCAGCUUCUUGCAAACCUCGGAUUCGUACUAUCUUAUGACGAUAUGCUCGAGAUCCCCUCCAUGGCCCAACUUGAGGCCCAUAUUCACCAGUUCAGCUUGCAUUUACCUCUGGCGAUUCAAGGUAGCCUUUACACAUCAAUGUCAAACUCCAUUCUAGAUUCCGCGAUUUCACUACGAGGCAACGGUGGUGGAUCAAAACAGUGGGGAAAUGGUUAUGCGUCUUUAUUGGUUCCAAUUUGUGAGUCGAUCAACCAGUCCGCUGUGGCAUUGCAUCAGAAUGAACAGCGAGUCCUCGAGCAUGUUAUGGUUGCUCAGCUGAGGCGUGAUUGCUACUUAGUGCGCUGCCUUGCACGCUCGGUUGAAACAAAGCCGAAAGUGGCAAAGGACGCAUUCUUUUCUGGAUUUCAGCCAACAUUACCAUCGUUAAUGGCGUUACUGACGACUUACUUCACGACCACUCGCAAAAUGGCGGCUUCUAGUACGCCUCCGUCGAAUACUCAGGUCAAGAGUGCACUAAAAGUGGUGAACGAAAUAGUGCGUCUUUACGCUCAGCUACUCAAGUCUGUUCGUAAGGAGAUGCAAAAGGAGAAUGUGUCAGCGAUCAUGCAGACUUUUGUGGAAAUCUUCAAUAACUCAGAGCUUUCAGGAAUACUUUAUCGCCAAGGAAAUGCCGGAUUGAUGGUUCUCUGCGGCUUUUUGCAGCUGCUGAAGAUUGUCGUUGAGGAACCGACUUCUGUUUUUUCCUCCUUCUUGCCCAACAUUCUUGAUCUGUGUUUUGGGCCGCUUAAAGAGCCAAUCUUUUCCCAUCCGGAGAGCGAUUCUAUCAUCUUAAGCUACUUUGUGGCUUUAGUUGAGCAAUUGCUGGAGAAGCAUUACCGCUCCUUUAUUGUGUACUCCGGUCAAUUUACUCCCGAUGGCGCCCGUGAACGCGGUUACGUGUCAGACCAAGCGCACACGUACUUCCUUUCGAUUUUCCAAAGUCUAGCAAGUGUGCUAAGCCGCGAUAGCUCCAAUUUAGCUCCGCGAAUAUGUAAGCAGGUGCUUGGACUGCUGGAUCGGGUAGACAAGGCACAAGGGUUGUUUGCUUUUACAGGAUUCCAAAAUGAGCUGCGCAUGGGAUUUCUUUCAACACUCAUGAAUCUCCUGACCCGCGGUGAAAUGAAUCUCCUUCAAGACGAAGUUAUCCAGCUGCUGCACCGUGUUGCAGCCGUAGACUUUACGUCUUUUUACCAGAUUUUCCUGCAUAGCUAUAUCAAGGAGAUCCUUACACCACCGCAGCUUGAAGCAGCGUCCAAGAUGGAAGGUGAGUGCUUCCAGUGGAGCGGCCAGGUAGAUUUUCCCACGUUCUCGCAGGAGGUGGUAGCCUUUUUGAACGAUCUGAAGGUGAUUAAGGCACAAUACUAG